CAGCCGAUCUUCAAUCACAUCAAUGGCGUGCGCCUGUGUUGGUCCAGACACCGUACGUGCGGGUGAAUUGGCGGGUGAAUUAACGGGUCCGGUUGAUGUGGGUAGAGGUGUUGCCGUUGAUACUACUAUUGGGGCUGAUGUUGCAGAUGACACAACCGACGCCGAUACCGACACCGACGACGACGACGACGAUGGUGCUGCUGUUGUUGGUACUAUUUGUGCUGCUGUUGUUGUUCCUAGUGAUGUUGUUGUUGCCGACGACACUAUUGUCGUUGCCGACAUCGUUGCCGGUAUUGUUGCCGUCGUAUCUGCCGCUGCCGUUGGUACCGAUGUUGCUGCUGGUGUUGGUACUGGUGCUGGUACCGGUACUGGCGCUGGCACUGAUGCUGGUGCUUGCGCUGGUGCUUGCGAUGGUACUUGCGUUGGUGCUUGUGUUGGUGCUUGUGUUGGUGCUUGUGUUGGUGCUUGAGCUGGUGCCUGAGCUGGUGCCUGAGCUGGUGAGGGAGUUGCUUGACCAGGACAUGUUGUAAAGAGUGGCGGAAGAGGUUUGGACUGGGGGGUGUAUGCACAUUCAAUGCUUCCCUUGACACAGCUCAUACAUGGUAAUUCGCCAUUGCACUUUGUUUUUUUACGUCUGCAUUCUUGGCAUGCACUCACAACCUUGAGUCGCUUGCGUCUCAUCUUGUCCACAGUGACGUGUCGGAUUGUGUGGUCGGUGCCGUUCAUGAGGAAGAGUGAAACACGAGGCUUAGG